GUGUGCGUGUGUGUGCGCGUGUGCGUGUAUAUAUAUGGCUUGGUGGGGGAAUCCCAGGAAAGAAGAAGGAUAGAAGUGGUUGGUGAUGGGAAGCGGCUGCAAGCCGAUCGCUUUGCAUGAGAGUUUGGGGUUUGUGUUGCAGUUUGAUCCAUGGCCAACAAUCCUUGCUGUUCUAUUGAGAUGGAGCCUAGAACCUUGAAUCAAGGCCAACUUUACCAUGCCAGGGAAGUGGCAGUUGACAUACUUCAGAAAAAGGAGCCAACUGAUGAACCCUGCGGCGUCUUCAUUCAAGAAGCUACGACGAUCCAAAAAACAGAGGUAUUUGUGAAAGGAGAUUUAGUUGACGACAAGCUUAAGCAUGUUGAGUGCGAGGAGAAGACUCGGAUUAUUGGAACAUCUUGCCAAUGCAUAUGCAGCAGCAAUGGUAGCAUCGAAUCCCCAGAUCAAAUGAAUCUUAAGGAACCCCUUUCAGCUCCAUUUUAAUUAGUUUUGAAUAACGAUUUGAAAAACAGAUUGGGGUGGCCGGUUUGAUAUACAUACAUAUAUAUAGGCCGACAAGCCAUAAACACUGACUUUGUGCUUGCAAUAUUCAUUGUUAUAUACGUUUGAUUAUAUAUAUAUAUAUAUAUGAUAAUCAAUGCAAGGGCAAUUCAAUA